UCCGUUAGCAGCCACACCGCCUCCUCCUCUUCCAUCAUGGCUCCCUCCGCAGAAAGGCAAGGAUACUGGGGGCGGCCCACCUCCACGCUCGACUGGUGUGAAGAAAAUUAUUUCGUCUCUGUUUACAUCGCGGAAUUUUGGAACACUGUCAGCAACCUGAUUAUGAUUCUUCCUCCUAUUUAUGGGGCCAUACAGACGUUUCGAGACGGCCUUGAGCUUCGCUACAUAUGCUCCUUCCUCGGACUGGCAGCUGUUGGUGUUGGUUCCUGGUGCUUCCACAUGACGCUGCUAUAUGAGAUGCAGUUAUUGGAUGAGUUGCCAAUGAUCUACAGCACAUGUGUCUUUGUCUACUGUCUAUAUGAGUGUUUCAAACAAGAGAACGGCAUCAGCUUAUUUCCUUUUGCAAUAUUAUUAAUCUUCAGUAUCUCAGUCACUGUGGUAUACUUACAGUGGAAGGAGCCGGUAUUUCACCAGGUCAUGUAUGGUGCUCUGGUGGCUUGUCUCGUGAUGCGAUCUAUCUUCAUUGUUACAUGGGUGUACCCGUGGCUUAGACCACUGUGCUACACCUCCUUAGGAGUCUUCAUGUUGGGGUUCCUGCUGUGGAACAUUGACAAUAUCUUCUGUGACAUUUUAAGAGCCAGCAGACAAACACUCCCCUCUGGUGUUGGAGUAGUCACACAGUUCCAUGCCUGGUGGCACAUCUUUACAGGCCUUGGAUCCUACCUUCACAUACUUCUCAGCCUGCAGAUCAGGUCGACCUACCUCAAGCACCGACCAAAUGUAAAGUUUCUUUGUGGCAUUUGGCCCACGUUGCACAUUGAGCCACAGAAGAUGAGUUGAAAUGAAGGGAUUGGGACCAACUGAAGGAUGGUGACUGCCAUAUCCAGACGCCAUCGGCAGAGGGGCCUUCCACUGCCCACUGCUGAGAACUCAGCCCACAGCGAGAGGACAGGUAGACCCCAAGGCACCACCCCAAGGACCCUUUCCUGCACUGUGGAGAUUUACUAAGAACAGUAGAGCCCUAGUUCAGUUUUAGUACACUGACUUUUUUUCCCUUAUUUAUUAGACUAGCUUUUCUUUAAUCUUAUUCAGGUGUAAUCAUUUUAUCUGAUACAUUUUCAAUGAAAAUAUGAUGUGUAAUCCUCUGUAGUGGUAAAUGUUGAAGGGAGUAUGAUUGUUGUCUUAAUAAUGCCUUUGGAAAAGGGAAACAAGUGUCAUUAUUCUGAAUUCACGUUAGCAUAUUUUUUGUUAAAUAACUGAUUCUGUAGAUAUUUGAAUCUCCUUUGCCUAAAUAUAUUUCAAUAGAUAACUUAAUUAAAAACAACUAAGACUUUUGCUUAUGUGAAGUUUUACAAGCAGCUGAGGGAGCUCUUCUUAUGACACUGUCUCGUCAAAUCCCUUUUCAAGGACUUUUGUAUUGUUUUUGGAAUAGAAACUGCCAACUUGAAAGGGAAAGUGCGACUGUGAUUUUGUAGCUUAGCUGUCAUAACCAGGAGAUUCUCCUUCAUGUCCUUGGCCACAGGCUUUAUUUUUACUUGAUUUUUUCCUUUCAAAACAUGCCAAGACUAGAAUGAUUAUUUCUUCUUUUAUUCCAUUGCCAAAGUUGUUGUGGAAUUUAAAACAGUUAUGUCAUGUGUGAAACCUGUCGUAUUGCCUUGUUUUAUUCAAGAAGAGGAAGCAAUGCUCAUAGUUCUGUUGUACAACAACACACAAAUUUUUGUUUCAGGCAGUAUGCAAAGCAAGUUGAACCACUUUGUACAGUUUGAGAAACACUUUGAGUCCUUGCAGUGAUACUGCUCUUAGCUUUGUGCUCUGGAAGGACUAAUAUUUUAACCUCAAGCCCACAGGGGAUGAGCGUUGGCUUGUAUUCUUGAGGUUUGUUAUUUUAAGAAACCUGUAUUUUGGGGUGUGACCAGCAUCUUGAUGGUCACAGACAUGUACUGGAAACAUUACUGGAGUUAUUACUGGAAAAGCAUCGGCUGAACGUGCAGUGUAGUGGGAGUUAAAAUGCAGAUAAGUGAAGCCCAGCUAAUGUAGCCAGCAAACAAACACAACCUGUGUCAGAAGAUGAUUUCCUAUGCCUCAUUGUUAACAUUCAGUCAAAAGACCAAGCUUAUGAAUGGCACAUGUCUGAAUCAUUGCAUCAUCGGGAGCCGCAGGAACUGGGUCACCAGCGACAGACACCUCUGAGGAGACUUUUUGCCUCCUGCUACAUGACUCUUAAAUACUUGUUGUUAUGGGAGAGGACAGUAAUCAUGGUUGCGGUCCCUCCCGUCUUGAUUGAAGACAUGAGUUGACAUCUCUUUCUCUACAGGUACUGAGGACGUAAACGUGUCCUGAAAUGCAACUACAUUUUUUGUUUGAUUGAUUUACUCUGUUGCAUUAAGGUGAAGAGUCCAAUGGCAUACAUGAGCCCUGUAGGGGAAUAUCUUUGUGAAACACUUUAUCAUAUAACCACUAAGUGGCAUACAUUUACAGCUUAUUUUAGACAUUGCCAGACGUGCCAUUGUGCAUGAAGGAACUACGAAAUGACUACUGUAGAACUCUUAGAAUCUUUGACUGAGUUUUAAUGUUUUGCAACUGUGGUGUGAAAUGAAGGGCUUUUAAUUUACAAUGUUUUUUUUUUUGCUGCUGUGAAAUAGUGGAUAUGUAAUUGUAGAUUACUACAAUAGAACUUGGAGCUUGAAGUAACUGUUGGAAAAUGCUCAACAUGCUUGUUGUAUGGAGAUCUGUGCAUUUGUGUGGCCUCUUAGACUGCUGUUGAUACAUUCAUAUUUCAUUAUUCAUACAUGUUAUGUCACUAAGUGUCAUAUGCUUGGGUAUAAUGAUUGUGUGAACCCAGUGUUACAAACAUUCAUAAGCACAAUGUAUGAAAGAUAAGUAAUAACAUUGUCUAAAUGUCUGUGCAGAAUCUUUCAUGUGUUUUAUUGUCUUGAAAUCACUGCUCAUCAGUAAAGUUGAGCAGCUGUUAAAGAGGGUGCCUUAUUGUAAUUCUUGAAGUCCAAGUGAUCCAAGUUGCCUUGAUGUCCCUGAUAAACAAACCAUUCAAUUGUC